AUAACAACAAAAACAUUUUAUAUGUAUAAAUAAAAUGAUCAAAUAUAUAAAAAAAAAUUAUCGAUAAUAUAUACAAAUAAACUCAUCCUGCGCAAGGCGAAUAUCUUAUCCCAGUACUGAGCUGUAGUCUACGUGGAUUUGAAGUAAAUAUUGUUUUUAAACUAUCUUUUGUAUUUCAAUUUUAUGAAAAUUUCAAAUUUUUUUCAUAUAUAAAGAUCUAAACUAACAAACAAGAAAGAUUUUCAAACUUUUAAUUUAAACAUAUUGCUGUCAAAAAAAAAAAAAAAAAAUUUAAACAUAUCCAAUUUCGUUGAAAAAUAAAUGGGAGUAAAUUCCGAGACCAGCAAACAAAAACCUUCAUCAUAGUUACCCGGAAUUCAUAGUGGAUUCUCUCAUUAAUUCAGAAUCCCGAACAUGGAAUUUAUCGGCAAUUAGGACUUUGGUGGUCCCUGAUGAUGUCAAAAUCAUUGAAAGUAUUCCUUUAAGUAGGAAUCAGAUGGAAGAUAGGAACGGAUGGCAUUUCACUAACAAUGGGAAAUAUACGGUACAAUCUGGGUAUCAAGUGGAACGAGUCUAUCCAGACAAGGAAAAACCACCAGAAUUUUAUGGACCAACAGUGGAUAUACUUAAAGCCUACUGCUGGAAAGUAAGGUGUCCGCCUAAGAUAAAGCACUUCUUGUGGCAGUUACUUUCAAGUUGUAUAGCGGUAAUGAAAAAUUUAGAGGCAAGCGGAAUACAAGGAGACACAUGUUGUGCACGCUGUGGGGACUAGGAGGAAUCAAUUAACCAUGUGUUCUUUGAAUGUCCUCCAGCACGACAAGUGUGGGCGCUAUCUAAGAUACCAUCGAAUCCAAUUUUUUUUCCUACAGGUUCUUUCUUCACAAAUAUGGAUCAUAUCUUUUGGAGAGUUAACCCAAAAGUUCUUUCUUCACAAAUAUGGAUCAUAUCUUUUGGAGAGUAAACCCAAAAAUGGAUGACCAUCAGUUUGCAUGGAUAAUAUGGUACAUCUGGAAAGGUCGGAAUAACAAAGUGUUUAGCAAUAUUGAUAUUGAUCCGAGGGAUACUCUCAAAUUAUCAGAAUUGGAAUCAACACUUUGGGCUGAGGCGCAGGUAUUAAGGAAUCAGAGAUUGGUACAGGAAGUACAGACCAGACCCAUCCAAGCGAAUUUAGGAAGAUGGUGUUUCGCAGACGGCUCAUGGAAGGAUAAAGAUAUGUUUUCAGGGCAAGGCUGGUUUAGCACUCUACCGGGUUUUGAUGGAUUAUUAGGGGCAAGGAAUGUACGGGCAUGUCUCUCCCCUCUUCAUUCGGAGUUAUCCGAUAUUUUAUCCUAAAAUGUGAUUUUCCUUGAAUUAUUCAAAAUUAAAAAGAAAACAGGAACCAAACCAAAACAGAAUAAAACUUGAGAUUUUAUUGGAUUCUUAUGAAUAUCCAAACCGAAAACUUAAAAAACCAAACUCAAAUUCAUAAAUAAUUGAACGGUACUUAUAUCUUUUGAACCGAAAAAAUCGAAAACUACAACUGAACUGGAGCCAAAACAAAAAGAAAAAAGAAACAAACUUAAUCCGAACCAAAAUCAAAUUCAUAAAUAAUUGAAAGGUACCGAAAAAACUAAAACUAAAACUAAAACUAAACUGGAACCAAACAAAAUACCAAAAAAAAAAAACAAAAUGAAACCAACCAAAAAUCGAACGUCUGCGCCUAAACAAAUUAGUGACCAAACAAACGGAUUGAAAAAAAAAAUUCAACAAAAUAUAAUCUCGUGCUUUGAAAGCUCGGAUCAAAAUAUAGUUUACUUAUUAAAAGACAAAACAACAUGGGCUCAGUGGCGGACCCACUUGAGAGGAUAGGGUUGCACAUGACACAGGUUAAAUUUGGAUAAAUAUAUGUUUUGUAUGGAUUAACAUUAAAAUACCAAUAGCUCUGUUGGUCAAAUUCCCGUUGUGACACCCCUAAAAGUCUAAACCCAGUUUCGAAUCCUACAGUUGACACCUUUGAUUUUUUUUUACACGGUUUGACCCAGGUAAAAUUUUGUCCUGGGUCCGCCACUGCAUAGGUUACGGAGAGUUAUCCGGAGAGUAAAGGUGGGAACUCCGAGCCUCGUGAAUUUGGUAAAGUGUCUACCUUGUUGUUCUCUACAUUCAGAAGUAAUUGGUCUUGCAGUGAAGUUUCCACAUCUUGAAAGAACAAAUUAAACCUUACCGACUAAAUUGUGAACAGAAUAUUUACCUUAACUAAAGCCAGGAAAAAAUGUUUCAUAUGGCUUUUCGUCUUUUAAAGAAUUAAUUUUUUUUUUAUAUGUUUCAAGUCUUAGUGGAUCUUUUAGUUCAAAUGAAAUAAAAUGUAAUGAAAAAAAAAACAUAUAGAAAAUAUUUAUAAAAGAGUUCAUAUUCUAGCCCAAGACUAUUAUAUUGUUUUAGACGGCACCGAAGAUAUGCACUCACAUUGUGUCAGAAAUCUCACAUUUUCCUUUAGUAGACACAGACCCUCAAGUUUAUCUCUACGCUUCUGUUGUGCACCAACAGUAUAUCAUGUAUUCACCAUUCGAGGUACAGUAGUGAGUUUAUUUGUUGACCAGGCAAGUAACUGACAGAAUACAGAGCUUUUAGUUUCUAUAUCUCUAGAAAACAAUAAACCAAAAUUGCUACAUAAACUAAACCGGUUCUAUUAUGCAUUACUGUUAAUCUUGGUAAGCAAAGAGAAGACAUCAACAAGAAAACAAUAUUGCCUUGUAGUCACUGGACCCACACACACAGCAGACAGAGUCUUGGUCUCUUGCACAUAUUAUUGGUAUUUUAUUUAUUACUAACCUUUUGUGGCGGCUCAGUGUUUAUCUCAACCCCACACAUUCUGUGUUUCCUCGAAACUUCAUUCUUCUUCUUUGUCAUGGCAAAACAAAAUGAACAAUCCUUUAUAUAAAUAUAUACACAUGUCUCACCUUGUGUUCACAUGAAACUUCCUUUUACUUUCUCUUGUACUUCUGUUGGUUGAUCUCUCCCUCUCCUCCCUCUUUUUGAAUCUUGAUCUUGAGUGAUAUCUUUGAUCCUUUCAUGGAUGCUAUUCUUCAAGUACCCGAUGAUGGGUUCAAGUUCGAGAAUGCUUCUGGAUCUUGCUGCAAACCAAGGAACAAUCCUAACUCGGGCACCAGUCGUUUCACCUGUUUCUCGAUACACCAUGGAUUUGACAUAUUUUCGUCUAUCGUUUAUAGGUACAUGCCCAGCAGUACUAGAAGCAACAAGCAAACUCAACUACUGUUCUCACCAGAUCCUGCAAGCUUGGAGCGUUCAAUCGGCAAAGAGGCACGCUCCACAUCGAUCGAUAACACCACUUGUUCAUCGAUCGAUUUCUGUCAACCACCGUCGACCUAGACACUAGUCCCGUCGACCGAUAGUCGCUCACCAUUAUCGACCGAAGACACUCAUCUUCCGUCGACCGACAUCUUCCAUCCGACAUCGAUCGAUACUACAGUCCUAACAUUGAUCGAUACAGAGCCACGAUACAUGGUUGCUACUUUGAUACUUGUAUGAGAUGACAAAGGAAACCUGCAUGACCAGGAAGGUCAUCUGCGUAAUGCAGCAGGUCAGAGGAUAGAUGCUCAGGGGGCUGCAAUCCCUGCGUCCGAUACUGAUGCUACAGGAGCCACUCUACCUGUAGAUGAGGCUGCUCAAACCAAAACGUUGGCUGACUACAACCGUCCAGAUCAGUUCUACACCAACCGAUCAGCCAUUCGUCCUCCCACUAUUCAGAAAGAUUUCGAGUUGAAGCCACAGUACUACACACUCGUGGGACAGACACCCUAAUAUGGGUUAUCUCACGAGCAUCUUAUGGACCGUCUGGAGAGGUUCGAGGAUCUUAUAUAUGCUAUUAAAGUCGAGGGAGUCUCUGAAGACUACCUCCUAUGCAAACUCUUCAAGUACUCACUUGCUGGAGAUGCUUCGCAUUGGCUUAAGCAGUUACCACCAGGAUCUCUAACAUCCUGGGGCGCCAUCAAGAAUGCAUUCUUAUGCAACUUCUUCGAUGAAGCGCGUGCUGAAGACUUGAAGAGCAAGACUGCUACAUUCACUCAGGAGCCUGCAGAGUCGUUCAAAAGCUCCUGGAUUAGAUUCAACUCUUAUCAGAGAGACUUUCCACACUGUGGAUUCAAUGAAGUACAGCUGCUCAGUUUUUUCUACAAAGGUAUCGCGGUGCAGUACCAGAUGGCUCUUGAUGCUUCCAGCAAUGGGAACUUCAACACCAGGAAUCCAGAGGAGGCAGUAAGGGUUAUUGAGAACCUAGCAUCUAGCAGCAGCACCAAGAACACUGACUUUGAGAGGAAGAAAUCUGCCAGCAUCCUUGUGAAUGAUCAGAUGGAUGAGGUGAAGGCAAAGCUAGACAGUGUUCACAAGCUUCUCAGGAAACAGGUCUGCUUGGUUGAAGAAGCAGAGGCUGUAGGUACAGAGGGUAGAGCAGAGAAAGCAUAUGUGAACUUCAUCAGUGGAACUCGAUUCCAAGGUUCGGGGAACCAGGGAGGAAACAGAAACUCUUAUGGAAAUAGGGGUAACUUCAACCAGAGUUCAGAGCACCAGAAACCCUACAGCAACACCUACAUCAACAACUACAGCAACAACAGGGGUUAUGGAAGCUCCUACUACCAGAAGCCACUGCCGCCAACUCAAGAGAGCAAGAUUGAGGAGAUGCUUGAUAGAGUCCUGGAGGGACAGCAGCCCAUGACGGUGGACUUCAAUGGGAAGAUUGAUUCUGUCUACACCAACCUGUACACAAAGUUUGAAACUUUGAGCACUCAUGUGAAGAUGCUAGAGAUGCAGGUUGUUCAGACAGGAGAAUCUGUUAAGAGGCAUAGAGCCUUAACAAAAGGGGUAGAAGAUGAUGUGAUGAGACACCACGUGAAUGCAAUCAUUGAGGAUGAUUUCUGGCAAGUGGUGAAGGAAGAGAAGCUACAAGAAGGAGAUUUCGAAGUAGAAAGUCUGAUGAGUUUCGGCGGAUCACAUUGGUGUCGACCGAAGCCAAGCCACGAACAUCGCUCGACAGAGGUCAUUCAAAAUUGAUCGAAGUCCUCUCCUGGACAUCGCUCGACAACACCUACGGAAUCAACCAGAUCUUGCAAAGCCGUGAGGAUCAUGACUCAUGAGGAGUUCGCAGCAAAACACCCACAUCUUCCCAGCCCUGUCUACGUAAAUAUCGAUCGACUUUCUGACCCCACCAUCGAUCGACAUCAGGAGACCGUUAUCGAUCGACAACCUCAAGCACCUAUCGAUCGACGAGCACCUAUUACGUACUGAUUGGAGAUGUCAAAGAUAGAUAUUGCACUUCUUAAUGCACUCAGGCCCAAACCCAAACCUUCAGAAAACCCACCGAAAACCGUAAGGACACCUUCAGAUGAUGGAGUGGAUCCUAUGGAAGUUGAUAGGGUUCC